AUGAAAGAACUUGGCGAUACUAGGCUGUACUCACCUGAUCAAUGUAGAACUCAACUUCGACUUCUAGACGCGAAAAAACAACAGCGUGAUCGUUCAAGUGAAUCGCCAUCUGCUAUGUCUGACCCUGCUCCCAUGACAUCUACCGUGUCUCGAAAACGAUCUCGAACUCAGUCCUUAGAUUAUGAGACUGACAGUGAGGAGGCGACCUUUUAG